ACCCUUUCUCCCUCACCCUUUUUCUCUCUUCUCUCUCACUCUCGUCCUUCGAAAGUCGCCCGAAUCCCUUGCCGACUAAGAAACGAACCGAGGGACAAACUAUAAUAACAACUGGUCGCCUUCUCCAACCGUCCCAUUCUAGAGAGAGAGAGGAGAGAGAAAAAGCUCGAGAGAGCGCAACAAUGGCGUUGCAGUGGGUGAUCCUGUCGUACGUGGUCGCGGCGGAGGCGGUGAAGUCCCGCCUCGUCGCCCUCAUCGCCCUCGUGCUUCAACCCGCCUCCGGGAUCCUCCCCUUCGUCGCGUUCCAGCUUCUAGAUUUGUAUUGGAAGAACGAGCACCGGUUGAUGUGCACCUCGGAGAUCUGCACCGCCGAGGAGAGGAUUCGGUACGAGAAAUCGAUGUUCAAAGCUCAAAGGAAUGUCAUCCUCUGUGUCUUAGCAUGCCUUCUUUAUUGGUGCAUUUACCGCAUUUGCAAGUAUCACAGGGAUAUUAAGGAGUUGGAGGAGGCUGAAAAGCGCCUUAAAGCUGAGUAACUGAUGAGUUCCAGGUGAAUAUGGUUUCCGUCGGCUGCCCUUGCCCUUGUUCAUUUACACUAUCUUAUCGGGUACCAAAGUUUUCCUCUUUUCGAUUCUGUAUGUAACUCAUCAUAACCUCUGCUGUUUUUUUUUUUAGCAUUUCGUACUGAUUUUGUUUGAAAAAUUGGUAUUUUAUCCCACAUCACUUUUGCAAGAAUGUCUAAUAAUUGUUCAACGAUCAACAGUAGCAGGUCUAUAACUAUGAAAGGAAUAUGCUUUUUAUCCUCGUGUGACUCGGUAUGCAUGUUGAAGCAUUCAAAUAGUGUAAUUAGAUAUAUGUGUAGUUUUGGGAGGAGACUGAUAAUGUCGGUUCCUGUGACUCAGAUUGUUUUUAAUUAAUUAAGGCGUUAUUGACUGUGGUCAAGUCAAUUCUCUGUAUUGAUCGAAUAUUGAAGGAGGUGGUUGAUCAUCUUAAAUUUGGUUUUCAAAGUUGUGUGAGAGUCACUUCCACCGGCCUGUGUAGCAGGUCUACGUUGCUUGGUCUUUGUUAUGGAAACAAUGUUUGGAAAACUGGAUUUGGCAGUAAAUUGGGGAAGUCACCGUUCAGUAUUCAUUGAUU